UAUGGGAAGAAAAUUCAAACGCAGUUUCCGUCCGGUAUAAAAUUAUCGUAUAUAAACGUGCGUUCAGAGCUGCUCGAUCAGAUCGAGACCCAUUUCGAUUUAAAUAAAAACGCUGUUCGAUACUUUGUGACAGAAUUUCCCGAUAAUAUGUCUGCUUCACCAAUGGCUAGAAAAGCCACCGCUAGUCAAGCACAGGCCAUACCCACGAGGAAGGUAUUCAUCAACGAUCCAUCGGAGUUACCCUCUCAAUAUUCAUCUACCCCAGGAGGUACCAUAUAUUCCACAACCCCAGGAGGAACCAGGAUCGUUUAUGAAAAGUCAGUCCUUAUGAACCUUAGAAAUUCACCGAUCUCAAAAACUCCACCCAGUUACGAUAUUCCCAGUUCUUUGAUAAGGGGAGCACCACCAGAGAAGAAAAACAAUAGUCCAAAUAAAAAGAAUACUGUGAAUAAAAGCAAGCAGCCUAAACAAAAUGAAGUGAAGAAUGAAGAAGGGGACCAGUUCCAUAUGGAUUUGUAACAGAGGGAUUGCUUUUUGUAUAAAUGACAAUGUAUAAAGCUGUAUGUUCCAAUUUUGUUGUAGAUGUAUUUAUUUUAUAAGUUGAAUGAUUAUGUUUAAAUAAUCUUGAUGAAUUUGUUCUUUUUCGAACUUAAUGACUUCUUUAUAUUAUACUGCCAUUGUAUUAAAAAUGUAUACUUCGAAUUCUUUUAAUAUUUGUAUUUUUGGCAAGAUGAAAUUUUUAAGAUUAGUUUAGUGAAGAUUUCUUUUAAUGAGUAAAUUAGUUUAAACUAU